GGCUUCCUUGACUUCGUCUGGGGUACACUGUUAACCAAAAAGAUAGUUGGUAGUUGUUGUUGUACACCUGUGGUCAAAACAAUAACACGAAUCAAAAUGAAAACAAAUUUCCUGUGGAGGGUUUACCUGCCAAAUUCCCAAUCCAAUCCUUGGGAUUAGUUGGCCGUUGAAGAGGUUCAGGUAAAGAUGAUGGCUGUUAUCCAUCGUGACAACUCGCCAGUGAAUGAGAAGACUCGUCAAGUCUCAAUUUCAUCUUCGUUUCAGUUAGCGGACUCUUCCUUGUAGAAAGUUUGAAGAAGAAAAAAAACACACUUUCUAGUGUUAUUCUAACCUCAAUAUCCAUUUCUUAUGGUUUUUUCUCCCCCUUCCCCCUUAUCCAAUCAAGAGUACACACCCGCUGGGAGGUGUUUUCCUAUCCGGAAUAACUGGUUUCUUGCUAAGACGCUUCUUUUGUUGUUGAAUUACUUCUAUAUUUGCGUACCCACAAACACAUUCUUGGAGCUUGAUUAUUCAUCGCCAAGGCGUAACGGUAUUUCGGUCUGCCGAUGUUUCUAGCUGCACCAUUUCUUUAAGUCAUUUCUAAUUUGAGUUGAGUCAAAUAAAAAUUUAUCGCGGUGUUUUCCAUCAACAUGUCAGCCAGGUUAAUAGAGUUUGCGUAUACCUUGGAAGGAAAAAUUACGGCCCUUGCAAUUCAAUUCGGAGUAGUCUGACGGAUGAAGUGAGAUUCAAUUGCACGUUGAAGAUGAAAUUAAAGUCUAGAGAGGAAAUGAACUCAGCAAGCGGAGCGUAUGUUCCGGUUGCUUAGCGCACUAGUUUUAUUAACUUUCGUAUUCUGACUUCUUGUAUAUAUUUAUCUGUUGCUUCUUUAAUUUUUAUUGAUAGUAGGCCUAUCCUCUUAGUCAAGAAGAAAAGUUAAAUUUUUUUUAAGUAAUUGGAUUAUUAAAAUUUAUACCACGGUGAGGAAGUGCAAAUUUUUGCGUCCUUCUUGACGUACGAUUGAGUUGUGUAAUUUUAUUUACCGAAAGAAGACGCUCUUUUUUCCUCCUACAAAAUCGGAUGCCGGAUCCAGCGAGUUAGAUGGAGAUCAAAACAGCAAGUCUUCGACACAAAUCUUCUGUGUUAUAUUUCUUCCGUUCUUACCUUUUAUGGUAAUUUAACAAAAUAUUUUAACUGAUUCUCGCUCUCCUUUUUUAAGAACAACACGAAUCUGCAUUAAACGCUGAGGCUAUUAUUUAUGUGAAAUAAUUCUCUGUGGACUUAAAGUUGUCCUCUUGAUUCCUAUUUAAAAUGAUGCGUGUGCAUUUCGAAUUUUACGCAACCUGUAAACGCCGAGUGUUACAGCUAAUAAGGAACUCGACUUGUUGGCCAUAGCCGAUAUUGUCGGUCCAAUCAAGGCCCAGUGCGCAGUCAAUGAAAGACGAGCGUUGCAAACACCUUUUCUUUUACUGUACAAUCUUACGGAUUCUGUUGAUCACUUGAAUCUUGCAUUAAGUAUUUAACUAUUAGUUCUAAAAGAGGAUGUAGGAACUUUCAUCCCUUCACUGAUGGAGGCCCACCUUAGGUUCUAAGCCAAAAAAUUUAAUUUUGAACAAGAAAUUAAAUAACGGAAAGGGAAACUGAUUAGCGAAUAGCGCUCGCUUCGUAUAAUCUAGUCACGACAGUGCCAUCGGUUGCUUUUUAAAACUAUAUUUGCUAGCGUUCAAAUAUGAUUAAAGCAGUAAAUAUCCAGCUAUAAGCCUGGAAGAAUUUGAUAAAAUAAAAACAUGUGUAGUCAUUUUCAUUAGAGAACAUUUUCGUGUGACGUAUGGCUAGUGUAUAAAAUGGAAUACAUCCAGUACCAAAGCAUCACUCUUCUCUUUGAGACAGCCCUGAAUUCAGCUUCAAAUUUUCUCAACGCUCAGUUGUGGAGAUUCGUAAUUUCAAAGAAAAUUUCUAUUUUUGCUUGUUUCUCAUCCAUUUUCAACAUGGAUUGGAUGUUCUCAAAUGGAGGCGCUCCAUCUUACGUCCUCAUUCCCUUGGGGACAUCAUACAACAACCAAUACUACACCAACGACCAAUGCACGACCAACCUCGAAGAUCUUGUAACGCAGUUGCAAUCCGAUGAUCCCAAAAAUCAUUCACGUCGGCUUGGUCUUGGCUUCGUCGACAUUAUCAAUAAGGACCUGAAGCCUAUGCUGAUAUGUUGCUAUAGAAAAGAACCUGCAAUGUUUCGUUCAGCAGUCAAACUCUUGGUUGGCAUAACUACGCCUAUUCGCUGCCUCACUUUCAUAGAAACACCCAGUCAAAGAAUCCAUGCAUCGGAUAUUAUCUGUCAGUUGAGGCAACUUCUUUACAGGGCCAAAGAAUCCUUCCUCGACGCCAGGAGCACUAGAGCUAUUAUCGCUCAUGUCGAGAUUCUUUUGGAACAUAAACAGUUAACGCCGGAAAAAACAGAGUCCAUAAAUUUAUGCUUGACACUGCUUCGAAACAUUCUGCACAUUCCGGAACGCCCGUCGGUACGCCCUCCGCACAUGUUGCUGUCAUCCCCUCGGAGUGUCAUUGAUCACACGUCGGACAACUCGCAGCAAAGUCAAAUUGUGUGUAACCUCCUUGCUCAAGGAUUGGGACCGCUUCUCCUGAAUUUAUUAGUCUGCCCACAGAGGGAAGAAUUGGUGGGGACAAUCACACAGGUGAUCGCUGUCCUUUUUAAAUGUCGAUCUGCCGAAACUAUACGUAACCGAUUAGGCGCCGGCCGCACUGUGAUGGAUAGCGUUAUCUCUGUAUUAUUCGAGGAAGACGACGACGACGCUGUUUCCAAGCGUCUAGAAAUAUUUGUCAUGGAUUUUAUGCCAAAAGGUUACAACACACUUGUAGGCACCUUACAUGACCAAUUGCUUCAACACGACUUGCCAAUUGAUGAAGCCCAAUUUUUCUGGCUCAUCACCUAUUUUGGUGGUUUCGCACCACUUCUGAAACUGGACAUAAAUCACGUCAAAGAUGUGAUGAAUAUUGAAAUUCUAUCUUACUUAACAUGGGGAGUCAUUCAUGAAACCGAAAUUUUGGACAAAAACUAUUUCCGUGAAGUGAACCUAGAAUCCUCUGUACGUCGAUUGCAUCGAGGUGUCACGGCCAUCCGACAAUUUUUGCAGGUCUUGGAGAUGUAUUCCAAAGGUGUCUGUUGGACAAGUCAGCAAGUUGAGAGCGAUGAUUCGCAAGGUUGUGAAACGUACAUUCGUCAACUUCACAGUUUCUUGCCAGUAAUGAAGGAUCUCCACCGAGCUUUUUUAGUACUCUUGCGGCAAUAUAAUCCCAACGUUCAGAAUCGACAGUACCUCCGUGAUGUAAUUGCAUCAAAUCACCUUCUACUGGUUACCCUUGAGCGAGCCGCUGGUGUUCCGGCAUACGGUGGGCGUAGUGUUGAUUUAAAAGAACAUCUGAAACAGUUCUGCACUCCCACGAUCGUGGCUAAAUACGCGAUCGCUCUUAGUGAUUUUAGAACCAAUGACAUUGUCGUUAAUCAUUCCAUUUUUCAGUUUUUGCAUCAUGUCAAUGGUGAUCUCGGUAGAAUUGACCUUUUGUUAGACCCAGUUAUUGUGCGUCCAUUCGUCAAAAUAUGUGAGGAACAAUUUAAAAUUUGCGAAACAUGGCAUAGCAUGAUUCAAUGUGUGGUGCAGACGUUUAUACGUAAUCAAUUGAGUCGCGGUCAUCAGAGGACGGGCGCAACGAGUAGAUUGUCAGAGUCAGACCAAGUGAACCCAUCAUCAUCAGCGGAGCCUCAUCAUGUCGCUAGUAAUCCCUAUCCCGUCUUUCGUCAACCACGAACAAAUAUUGAAACACUCCUCGUUCAACUGAAGAAUUCAGGAUUCCAGAGACAGCUGGACUGGAUUCAAUAUUCUUUAUUGACGACUUGCUCAGCUCAACUGGGUACUUAUGAUGGCCAGAAUUUCUGUAAUCCCAUUGCUUGUCUGAGUCGCAGAAAGAAAAUAUCUUGUCCUAUAGUUCCGUGGACCGAAGAUGAGGCAUCCGCUCUCCGCUCGGAAAUUUUCGUUUGUCUUUUGCAGCAGUUAGGUCUUCUGCCAUCGGCCUUUCAUGACCAGGGGUUUUAUCCUUGUAUUCCUUACAAUUGGUCUCCAGACACUGUGUUUAGAGUAGCUCUCAUUUUCAGUCCCAUUGAGCAAACAAUGGUGGAUUUUGAUCUUUCCCUCGUCAUCAACAACACAACUGAGCAGCAGAGAAAUAAUCCCUGCCCACCUUGAAGUAAUCUACAAUACUUUCGAAAAAGUAAAAAGUAUCGCGUUAAGGCAAAAGUUGUUGAUUCAAUAUAAUACUAUGCCGAUAGAAGAUAUAUUUUUGAAAGAAGCAAAACUUUGUGGUGAUUAUGGUUGUAUAUAUAGUAGUCUUAUUUCCAUCAGAUUAUAUAGCAAAUAUCUGUCAACAGAAUACUAAAUAAGUUCAUCAUAAAACUGUGUUGGCGUCCAAAAUCUUCUGUUGUAUCUGUGACUGUGUUUGUGGCUAAUGGCUAUAUAUAAGCUAUACAUUUUCAUAUACAGUGAUGCCACUGUCUAUCAAUUUACUACUUAAUCAUUUUCUCCAGCUGUCGAAUAGCCGAAAUAUAAAUGCACACUGAAAAGUGUAAUCCUC